UUUCCUUUUCGCCUUAACCAAAUAUUUUCCGAACGACCACCAAAAUCACUUUACUCACUGUUCUAACCGCUACGUAUAUCCUUCAUCUCUUGUUUAGCAGAAGUCAAAAGAGCCUUGUUUCCAUGGCUAUGGGAUUUUAUAGGGUACCCUUGCUACGGCGGUUCCCUAUUUGUUCUCCAGCGCUACCUUAUUCUUCUUCCUCACUUAAACCUAACCCUAAAAUCAACAUUAUCUCAGCCUCUCUUUCUACAACCGAAGAAUCUACUUCUUCUUCUUCUUCACUAAUUCAGCCUACACAAAACACGCGUACUCUAUGGAAGCCAAUGUGUCUCUAUUUUACUCAAGGUAAGUGCACUAAGAUGGAUGAUCCUAUGCAUAUUGAUACGUUUAAUCAUAAUUGCUCGUUGGAGUUUAUGCAAAAUGCUGCUGGGCUUAAGAAUUUGAGGAAGCAGGAGUUGGAGUACUUUUUGGUGCUUGAUUUGGAGGGUAAAGUUGAGAUACUCGAGUUUCCUGUUCUCCUGUUUGAUGCUAAAACCAUGGAUGUGGUCGACUUGUUCCAUAGGUUUGUGAGGCCAACAAAAAUGCACGAAGAAAGAAUAAAUCAAUAUAUAGAAGGGAAAUAUGGAAAGCUAGGAGUUGAUCGUGUCUGGCAUGAUACAGCUAUACCAUUUGCGGAAGUUAUUGAGCAGUUUGAAGUUUGGCUAGGUGAACGUCAGUUAUGGAGAAAUGAACAGGGUGGCUGUCUUAAUAAUGCUGCCUUUGUUACUUGUGGGAACUGGGAUCUGAAGACUAAAGUUCCCCAGCAGUGCACCGUAGCAGGGAUGAAAUUGCCACCGUAUUUCAUGGAAUGGAUUAAUCUGAAGGAUGUGUUUUUGAACUUCUACAAGAGAAGGGCCCCAGGAAUGCUCUCGAUGAUGAGGGAACUCCAGAUUCCUUUGUCAGGAAGCCAUCACCUUGGAAUAGAUGAUUCAAACAACAUAGCAAGAGUAGUACACCGCAUGCUAAUUGAUGGUGCCCUUUUGCAGAUUACAGCUAGAAGAGACCCUCGUUCUCCUGAAAAAGUUGAAUUUCUUUUUAAGAAUUGCAUUGUAUAACUAGUUUCAGCUGAACUGUUUUGUUAGCAGCGAAACAUUUUUAGAUAUCCUUCCCCUUAAGUUGUUCUCAAGUUUCAGUUGAGGUCUCUUGUAUUCUGCAAAUCAUCAUACUCACCCAUGCACCCAACCCCUGCCGAGCAGAAGAAGGAAAAGCAAAAAAGAAGAGACGAAGAAGGUAAAAGAAAAAAACCUAUCAGUGGAGACUUGCAUCAGUGGUUGUACAUUAAUAUCAUCUCCUUUCAAUUGGUAGAUUAUGCACCGAGUUGGUGUUGUUUUUACUGGGAAAAUCAUAAACUUUUCUUGGUUGGUUGGGCUGGUUCCAUGGGUUUGUUCUUGUUUGACCAUUGUUUCCCCCUUCUUCUUGCAAUCAUUAAAUGUAUUUGCAGGUUAUUAGCAUUUUUGUUCUUGUAACUAGGAACAAAGGCAAACAGCCUGACAAUAAGUCUAAUUGAGCUGGAAACUAGUUAGUGUUCCCUUUAA